UCGCAUUAUCUUCAGCAAAAAUAUUUUGCUAAGAGCGUUUUCCUCGAAGAUUCUGAGGAAAAUGACAUCGUUUCUUCAUUUUUUUCUUCUUUUGGGAAUUGCACAUUUUGUAACAGCUCAAUCUUCGAUUAAUGCAGCCUUUAAAAAGCCUGUUUCUGCAAAUAUCACAUGUGGCUCUCCAGAAGAGGAGUUUUAUACAACUUUAGAUAAAGACAAACGUCCCGAUACACGAAUUGCGAAAACUUGUGAUGCAAACGACCCAAAAAAUGCACAUCCACCAAGUUAUCUCGUAGAUGAAUCGCUAGCAACGUUUUGGCAGUCCACCGCACGAAAGACAGCAGAACAACGAAAAGCMUAUAUACAAAUCGAUCUACAGCAGACAUUUUUCGCUCGUGAGAUCAAGUUAUCGUUUGGUCUUCAGCGACGUCCAAAGGCAAUUAAGAUAUCACGAUCUGAUGCAGUUGGGGCACCGUUCCAACCUUAUCAUUACCUGGUGGAACGUCCUGUAGAAACCGCUAGCACUUGUCAGGACAAUUUUGGAGUCGACGUCCACGCAAGAGGAGUAAUAAUCGAACGAGUGGAUAAAGUUCUUUGUCAGUAUUAUGAGAAGAAUUAUCCUGAUGAUUACAACGAAACGAUUACCGUUGAUUUAACUCGACGAUCAAGAGGUGUUCAAAAUGCUGAAUACACAAGUGAAGUCCUGGCAUGGCUGAGUGUGGCAAGUCUUCGGUUCAAAUUCUUAGACAUGAAUACCGUCCUUGGUCAAUUUGCCUACAAAUUUCAUCAUUACAGUGUGAGAGAGAUUGAAUUUUUUGCACGUUGCGAUUGCAAAGGCCAUGGAGAUGGAAGCAAUUGCCCACAAAAUGAGACGACAAAGCGAAGGUCCUGUGUUUGUAAAAAUAACACUUGUGGCGAGAACUGUGAGACAUGCUGCCCACUUUACAAUCAAAAGRCUUGGUCUGCUGGUUCCAAAGCACCUUGGGAAGUCGAUACGAGUUUUUCUUGUGAACGGUGCAACUGCCACAACCACGCAGAUKUGUGUGUUUACAACCAGACGGUAAACGAUCUCAAACUGAGUCUCGAUAUCCAUGGUAACAGAAGUGGCGGAGGUGUUUGUCAGGAUUGUAAGAACCACACUCGUGGAAUAAACUGUGAAAAGUGCAAGGAAUUCUACUAUAGACCACGAGGACGGGACCAUAAAAGAGAAGACGCCUGUGAAGCUUGCAAGUGUGACGUGAAAGGUACUAAGAACGUUASCUCUCUUGCCUUCCUUGACUGCGUGRCUGACGAAACAGAAUUAUCACAACACUCUGGAAAGGAACCUGGUGACUGCUAUUGUAAAGCCAAUGUGCGUGGUUCGAAGUGCAAUCAAUGUAAACCUGAAUUUUUCAACUUGGCAAAGGAAAACCCUGAAGGCUGCAUGGGUUGCAAUUGUCAUCGACCUGGGACAGUAAAUGCCACUAAUGUUUGCAAUACGAGAUCAACUGGGCAGUGCCCUUGCAAGAAAAACGUUGAACUUCGUGACUGCAGCCAGUGUAAACAUGGUUAUUACAACAUGAGAAACGAAAGUGCUGAUGGAUGCCAAAAUUGCGGCUGUGACGAGGGMGGAACGUAUCCAGAAAACACCUGCGAUAAAGUAACGGGGCAGUGUCAAUGUCGGCCGAAUAUCAUCAACAGYGUUUGUGAUAAACCGAAAAUUGGCUUCUUCUAUCCUGAAGUUCACCACUUUAGUGCUUCCAAAGAUCCUUAUAAAAAUGCAACGAAUACAUUGUCUGUCUGUCUGCCUAUACCAAAGACUUCAAAGUAUCACAUAAUCAUCAAAACAACCACUAACGAAAUUGUAGGAGCUGCGGAMAUCGAUUCGAUGGAAACGAAUUCCUCUACAAUAACGGGAACUGUACUGAAGUCAUGCUUUGGUAUUGGUUCUGGGUACUGCAACAUAUCAGCCGAAACCUACUGUAUAAAUGUAACUGUUAAAGGAGUCAAAAAAUUGGUCCAGAUAGUAGCAUUACCAAAAGCCUURAUUGAAGCUACUGUCCUUGGUACGGAUCGCAUAGGUGCUUUUAAGUUCCAAUGUGAUYUUACAAGGAACGAUAUGAGCUCCAAUGAGAAGUUGUGUAAAGAAGGUGUUUUUAGCCUGACUGCUGCUUUCCUUAAUGGGACACUGCCUUGUGCUUGCAAUAUCGACGGCUCGUUCAAUCAUACGACAUGCCAGGAAUACGGAGGGCAGUGUUCGUGUAAGACUGGMGUCGAAGGUCGUGAUUGCAGCAGAUGUAAACCUGGCUACUACAAUUUGACUGCUGAAGGUUGUCAGCCAUGCUCGUGCAAAGGGCCAAAUAGGGUGUGUCACCCUCAAACAGGGAUGUGCGAAUGUCCUGCUAAUACGAUAGGGCGUACAUGUGAACCAUGUCAGUGUAAUGGAAAUAGCAAUAAGUGCUCAAGAAAUGGUGACUGCUCAGACUGUCAGCACAACACUACUGGACUGAGAUGUGAAAGAUGUGUCAAUAUGACAUAUGGUGAUGCUCUGACUCAACAAUGUCGAGCUUGUGACUGUAACUCCACUGGCUCAGUUGGUUCAUAUUGUGAUAUUGUUACUGGACAAUGCAUCUGUAAAUCUAAGGUAUCUGGACGAGGCUGCGAUACAUGUCAGAAUAACACUUUUGACUUCGGGUCAUCUGGAUGUAAAGACUGUGGUUGUAACAUAUAUGGGUCUGCAAGCCAGCAAUGUAACGUCAGCGGUCAUUGCCAAUGUAAAACAGGCGCAGGAGGGAUGAAAUGCUCGAKYUGRACCACGGGAUACUAUGGYCUUCCCGRUAAGGCUUGCCAAGCUUGUAAUUGUAAUGCGACUGGAACUAUAAAUGGCACUGUCUGCAAUAGCGAUGCUAUUGGUCAGUGCCAGUGUAAGCAAGGAGUAACUGGACGAACCUGUGAUAGAUGCGAUAAGUACUUCAGUAACUUUACUGACCAGGGCUGUUCUGCGUGUCCUGCUUGUGUUAUGGAGUUGACAAAAUUAGUGAAUAAAAUUGCUGCACAAGCAAAUGUCACAACUGACAAAGGAGAACUGCUUGAGAAGUUGGCCAGAUUUCAUGCUCCAUUGGCAGAUGCUGAACUACUAGAAGGACGCUCAACGAUGAAGUUCGACGCGUUUCUUGAAAGGCUCAAGGUAGCAGGGGUAACCUAUGAGAAUCUUAUCAUGACCAACCUUCCGCAUCUCAAUGUGAGCUACAACAAAGUCUAUGACGAGAAUGCUGGUGCUAUGCAACGUGCUACGUCUGUGUCAAGAGAAGUAGCUUCUGAUCUAAAUAGAACUAAAGAUAUACACAUGAGAACGAAAGAGGCAGAAUCCGAUAUCAAAGAGCUUGAUUCACUACUCAAAAACAUCAUGGCGACGUUUGCUGCGCAAGUCCAGUACGGUCAACAAGCAAUUCGAUCAGCCAAUGAAAGCGUUACAGAUCACAUGAUGAGAGAUUUCUCCAGUCAGCAAGCUAUUGUUGAUAMGAAUACGAGAGAUGCUGACAACUUGACAUCGUUUGUUGCCAUGUUUGCAAAACAGGUCCUUAACCAAACAUCACUUGCAUCUAGACUAAACUCGGAGAUACAACAAAAUCGCAGAAACCUGUCCCAGCUAGUGAAUGAAUGGACCGCAACGCAUGGAAAUUUCCUUGAUCUUAUUGCACAAAUACAACACCAAUUUAGUGGCGUACGUGACGUUAUCAAGGAUACUCAGAUGGUCCUUGCUAAAGAGGCUUUACGCUUACAAGAGGCUAAGAAUGUUGGUAACGACUCAGAUCACAUUCUCAAUACGACGAAAAAUGACUUGAAGUUAGCCCUUGAAAAAUUGGAGUCAUACAAGGCAACGGUAACUGCGGUCAGCGGUGAAAUUCAGAUUUCCAUGCUCAAGUAUAAASAUGAAGGUAAUUGGUUUGCGCUGAAGGUACUAGCUGCACGUAAUCUCUCACCACGUGACCUGCCAAGUGGAAGUGCUGAUCCGUAUGUUCUAAUCUCGUUCAUCCCCAAUGAACACGGGACCAAGAGAUCGACAACUAAGAAAGGCACUCUUAAUCCCAAAUGGGGGAGUUUCGAGCAGAUAUUUGAGUUCAACAUUACGCAUGAGCAGUUGAAGAAGUCAAAGCUGAAAGUAAGAGUAUUAGAUGAAGAUCCAGAGGAUGCCGAUGACUUUAUGGGGGAAGCUAUAAUUGAUUUAUCAGUAGUAGGGGAUGCAGAGUUUACAAAGUGGUACCCUCUCAGCUCAGCCGAUGUAUCGACGCUUGAAAGUGGUGAUUUCAAAGSUACAAGUGGCCUGGCUGAUGCAUCCAGUCUAUUGCAYUCACAAAAGAACAAGAUGAUGGCCAUCUUGGGUACUGUUGACAUUCGUCUGAGGUUAGCGCAUCAGAAUGCACAACUGAUGAAAAACCAAGCAGAAGCCAUMCAACGGGAAUUUAGUACAGUUCAAGGACACGGAGAGACUGCUGUUCAAGCUAUCCACCAAUUCAAUGAAAUAGAACGCGUGAUCAAUAAUUCGAUAGACACUUUAUCCAGAGCUAAUAAUAUAAUAGCAAGCCUUGCUUUACAGAUGAAUCGAAUGCCCGCAUCGGCUCUCKUUGAUAUGGCCAGGCAGGCGAAAACUCUAGCUUCAAACUUCUUAAAUGAUGUAAUAAAAAGAAAUUUAAGUGAAAAUGGAGUUGCACACGUUGAAGAAUACCUAACGAGGCUGAAUGAUUCGCUGAAAGAUAUCAUUCCAAUAUGGGCCCAGACCUACGUCCACUAUCCUGAUCUGAUUAAAGCGGGAAAUAGACUUAAACUAGCUGCAGAAGACGCUCCUUCGGCAUACAAUGCUAUCAAAAGUGCUCAAGAAAAAUGCAGAGCGUAUGAGCAAUUCGUUGCAKAAGCUGRAAAUYAGGUGAAUGGCAUCGAGCGUGAAGUUAACUCUUUGCAGGAGAAAAUCGCUUUUAUACAGUCUUCUUCACAACGCGAUAUGAGACUUAUUCAAGAUGCCUACCUUCAUGUGAACAACGCUUCAGAGAAUAUGAACAAAAGCCAAGCAAGCGUACAGGAAGUAACCAGAAUCGACCAAGUAAUAUCAGCUCAGCGAGAAAAUAUUUCUAGCACUUUGAAUAAUGUAGAAAAGAGGUUGAAUGAUCUAAAGAGGAGAUUAUCKCAACUGGAUAUUGGUCUGAAAAUCGACGGAAUGGGUARGGCAACUUAUCSCUUCCCUUUUYAAUGGACCAAAUCACACAGCGAGAUAUCUGUCAUCGUCAGAACAAAUUCCAGUGAAGGACAACUGCUUAACAUGUCAAGCAGUACAACAUCCUCUCAGAGAUCACAAGUAUUUACUACUUUAUCACUAAAAAAUGGAUUUGUUCGAGCAACAUUCAACGUUGGUAAAGGAGACAUUAACCUCAUUAAUACCUUACGAGUUAACGACGGUCAGUGGCAUCAGAUCGAUUUUACAAGGCAUGGYUCUAUGGGUACUCUUACCAUUGAAAGUCCUACCCAGUGGCGAACGGUUACACAUAACUCGAACGAUCUUGAGAGCACAAUGCAGUUUCAAKAAGGUGACGUCGUUGUUGUUGGCCAGGGAAAUUCCAAUKCGUAUGAAGUAGUCUUCUCGAAUCUCAAAAUUGACCAAUACCCGAUCCUKUUUUGGGAUUACCAGUCAAUAUCUGGCACGGUUGGUGUGGCCCAACCAAGAUAUCCAAACAUUUACUUACCAGACAACGGUCUUMCAGCCACCUUCGACWCAGCACGGARAUGGAGUCAAGAUAUAGAGCUUCRGUCGAAUUAUCUUGAAGUAGWGMUUUCUUUUAGGACCUUUGAAGAGAAUGGUGUUUUGAUGUCAACGUUUUAUYACGAUSUGGCUGAGCUGCUCUUGUACCUUAAGAAUGGCUAUUUAUUUGUAGAAAUGAAGAACGGAUCUGAUGUUGAUGUUAUUCAAAGCAAAAGGUCCAACUACAACAGCGGGAUCUGGUACGGACUAGCAUUUGUCCAUGAUGAGAAUGGAAACCUUCUCAACAUUACCCAAAGCAAUGCUGUUGUUGAUACUAUAACGAACACCACGGCACUUACAGGGAACCGUCUUCACGCGACUGACAUCACGAUUGGAUCAAUUUCACCAAAUAUAAGCAUGAAUGGCCUGAAAGAAACAGCUCCGUUCAUUGGUGAUAUGAAAGACUUUAAGCUGUCCACAGAAAGAGCGAAAUCUCUCCAACAAGUGUCAUUUAUGCAGUCUUCACAUAUCGAUGGAGUCUACACAAAUGAAGUCAUUGCUGUAGAUGUCGAYCCUGGUGCAGCAAGAUUCUACGGAUUCACCAAAGGAACAAACAAGUGUUCAUAUGUGUCCGUCAACAACACAAAAUCAAGUGCUACAAGUUUGUCCUUCAUGUUCAAGACGUUAAAGAAAAAUGAGCUCUUGCUGUACAGCAAAACUAUGGUUCGCAAUAAGACUGUCAUCCUGUAUAUCGCUUUAUGGCAUGGUAAUCUGCAAAUACUGAACCAUGAGAGCAACGGCAGCKAUGAAGAGGCUAAACCAUACAUGACCAGUGGAAUAUCCUUUGCUGAUAACAUAUGGAGAGAAGUUUACAUUAACAGCUCUGCGAAAGGGUAUUCUCUGUAUGUAAACAACUCUCUAAUCUAUUCUGGAUGGUUUGGAAACGGUCGUCAAAUCCCAUUCGAUCUGAGCAAUCCACUAUACAUGGGCGGUUUACCUCCAAAUGUAACUAUUCCCCUCAAACCYGUCGUAACUAAUUGUUUUCAAGGAGCAAUGAAGAAUGUGAAGAUCGAUGACAUGAUCAUCAAUUUAUUCUCUCAAGAUAAGGAAAAUGUCAUCAAUGGAGGUGUUUUACCAGGUCGAUCACCUCCUCCACCACCACCUACAUGCGCAGCCCGGGCAGGUCCGAUAGCAUACUCCACCGACAAAUCAGCUGUUGGGUUUGUUAGCGGUUUCACUGGUGAAUCACAGGGCUACCUUCAAAUAUCCAAUGGUGUCCAACUCGAAGAUUAUUUUCUUUGGACGUUGCGACUCAGACCACUAUCGUACAAUGGGUUAGUAUUCUACAUUGCUAAUAAUCUUACGCAUCCCGGUCAGUUCAUGUCCCUGGAACUAAUCGAUGGRAAAUUGAAGUUUCAAGUUAAUGGAAAUCCUGGAAUGGUGCACAUGACAACUAAAUUUGACUAUGUCAAUACACAAAGAACUAGCUCGUUUCUAACGAUAAGUGGCUUAUAUGUUUCGAAAGGCAAAUUUGGAGCAAUGUUGAUAUAUGAAACCCAAGAAUACCACAAUUACCAAAUCAAAAAUGCAACCAAUGGAGAYAUACUUAACCUGACUGGCGCUUUUUUCUUUGGUGGAGUACCAAAUGGUGUUAAACUACAUCCAKGAGUUACCCAGCGCAGUGGCUUUAGUGGCUGUAUACAUUCAUUCCAGUACCAUAGUAGUGGUUCUUUGCCAAGAACGAUAGAUUUAUCGAAGCCKAGUGUAAGCCAUAAGACACAGAGCUGUGUGAGCAACGCUGUGGCGGGCUUCGGUUUGAACAACACGUCGUGGGCAAAGUUUGGAAAUGUUUCCUUGAACAUAAGCACGAUGGACAUUCAGAUGGAGUUUAGGACCUCAUCGCGUCAAGGAGUUGUAUUUCAUUUAACUAACAACAAUGCCAGACAAGGCCAUCAAAGCUACCUAAGGCUGGAGCAAAUCAACGGGCAGCUCGUGAUGACGUACAAGAAUGCUUCAGCAUUUACCCGCAAAGUCACUUGGUCAGCGUCUUCCUCUUAUUUCUUYUGCAACAUGACAUGGCAUACCGUGCAGGUUAAGGGGGCUGGUAACAAACUACAGCUUACUGUCGACCAGUCCUCAUCUGUCACUCUAACUGUUGCCAUGGAUGCCAAGCUUAUGGGAGACCUCUAUGUAGGGGGKAUGCCAGCAUCAAUCUCUUCGCCACCUACUGGAUUUACUGGAUGCAUCAAAGGUAUCAAGAUAUCAAACAAAAUCCUGGACUAUGGACGGGCUACUAGUGGUAUGCAUGUAACCAAUGGAUGUGCAAGRACUGGUACUGCCCAGAAGUCCAAUGACGRCCUUGCUCGAUAGAAAAUUAUGAAAAGACAAUUUGCUAAUUAUUAUAAAACCAAUUAGUUUAAUUAAAGAAUUAGUAUCAAACUCUUUUGUUAAAAAUGUUUUGGGACCAAAAUUGAAGUUGAAAUGAUCCAUAUACGAGAYUUUAACAACAGCAAAAUGAAACUUUAAAUUCAAAAUUUCAAAAUCAGUUGUUCAUUAGUCAAGAUGGUGGCCACCGAAACGUUCCGCGACAUAAAUAAUGAUACAGAAAUUUGAAUACGGCUUACUGUACUUUGCACGAUCGACYCAACAUUGUUAWUUUGCACGAAGCAAAGACCGGUYUUUUUKUGGCUUAUAAGUUAGAUAAUCGGAUGAAAUGGAUAAURGGAUAAAACUUUUAAUUGCCACAUCACCGUUGAUUUUAAGACGUACUAAGUACCAGACUUUCUAUAUGUUUGAAAUUAAAUUUUUGUAAUAAAUUAAACCUUAGGGUCUAGUCAAAAAUAAGCUUAUUCGAUCAAUCGAAAAUGAGUAUUGAAAACUUGCAGAAGUACAUAACUUAUAUAACUGUUUGUGGACUUCUGAUACUUGAUUUAAGUAAAUUGUAUUAAAUUUUAUGCAAGCACUGAAGUCUGAUAGAUAAAUUAAAUUACUACUGUUCAUUUUUAGAAUUAAAUUUGCUUUUAAAAGAAAGCUUUGUUAUUUAUAAUUUCGUUGAGUAAACUAAUAAAUUGUUGAACU